AUGGAGACCCUUCCCCAAGAACUCUUUGACACCAUCGUCUCCCUCGUCUGCGAACUUGAGGAAUCUCAACGACUACCAUCUCUCGCAACCGUGUCUAGGCGAUGGCAGCAUUUCAUCGAGAGUCGCACUUUCCGCGCAUUGCAGCUGGACAGCAGUCAGCUACCCGAACUUGGUAGCCGUUUCUCCGGGCUGCUUGGUCAUCGCGCUGCCGUCGUGACUGAGAUCACUUGCGAUAUGGUGCUCCCUUCUUGUGGCGACGACGAAGUGCAUGAGCGAGAGACAGAGCAAGAUGUCUGGAAUUAUAGCAGAGCAAUAUCGCGGCAGCUGCAUGAUAUCUUCGGCUUUCUCCUCAUCUUAGAAAAGGCACGGAGCCAUCGCAAGGGCCCUCCUGUUGAGUUAUGUCUAUGGACCGUUAAAGCUCCCACCGACAUGGACCUCCAGAAGCAAGACCCGGACCGAUUUCAUGACGAAGAACACACGGACGGGUGGCAACAGAGGGGCUGCGCUGACUGGUACUGGAGUAGGAGGUGGCGGUACUCCGUCCACGAGCUACUGGCCAAAGAAGCUGAAGCCCUACCUACGAUAAGCUGCAUCACGAGAUUCGCAGUUUAUAAUGGCUCAAAGCAAAGACAGCUUCGUUGCGGAGAUUGGGUACGCAUUGCCAUGAAGUUCCUACAUUUGGAGCACUUGAGACUUGAAUUCCGCGAAUACCGCGCAAACGGAAAGAGUCUAAGAAGAUGUGUAAGAAAAGAUUUCGCUGAUUCCCUACUCGACUUGGCAAAUCGCUACCCGUCUACACUUGAUAAAGUAUCAAUAACGCGAAACUUUUCGGACACAAGAGACGAAGCCAUGCCCCAGAUUGACUACGGCCAUGAUGAUAAUGGCAACGAUACGCUCAGCAAAGCGUUAUGCAGGCUAGGCGAGAAGUGUCCUAGACUGGAGCUCGAGGGUCUCAACAUUGCACCAGAGCUCCUCUGGCCAUCAGCAUGGUCAAACAUCAAAACAGUCGAUAUCGAAUUUGACCCGAUCGCGCCUAACGGGGAGUGGUACUUUACCACAGCCGACGGGAGCGACAUUCCACCCCCAGAGCCUGAGGCUGAAGAACCCGAGUUUAGCGAUGACGAAGAGCGCGCGCUCUAUGAAGAGUUCAAUCGAAGCUCGCCCACACCUUAUGAGCUCGGCCCUGCACGACCCCCUAGCGAAGCCGAGUCCUGGUGCACCGACGAAGAGGACCCUAACUUCUGCGAGCGCAGGUACCGGGUCCGUCCAUAUAACAGGACAAUCAAUCCGCUGCUGAUCGCCGCAGCCAAAGCUGUGCGCUGCAUGCCGUUGCUCGACUGGUUCUCGAUGCAUACUAGGAAGCAGCUCAAGCCAAUCCCAUCGGACGAUAGGAACAAGCUUGGAGAUGAGCGAAAGUUUGCUGUUACCUUUGUGCCAAAGGGCUCUGGCUUGCCUGGUCUGAGGUAUAGCUGGGAAGACAAGGCGGAGUUGGCAUGGGACGCGCUGCCAGAAGGCGUAUGGAGGCCCGACAAGGAGGUGAGAGAGGAGUGGGCGAAAACGGUUGGCGAGGAGGGAUUGGUGUGUUAUAUCUACGGCGAUAAGUGGGGACGCGGUGGAAGUUUGAGGUGGGAUACCCUAAGCUGUGAAGAGUUUCUACAGAAGGAUUAGAGAAAUGGUGGCUUGAAGUUGGCCAUUACAAAAGGGAACAACUAGACAUACUGGAGGAAAUCCAAUACUACGUCGUGUCCUGGAGUUACUCUGAAAAAUGUCCGUAAAACGAAAC